AUGUCAGCACUGGACUCCGAUGGUAUUUCCGUCACCUAUUCCUCUAGCGGAACCCCUGAUCAUCCCGAUUUACGCCUGAUUCACUAUAAUGAUGUCUAUCAUAUUGAACCUGGAUCGGCGGAACCAAUUGGCGGUGUCGCUCGUUUCCAAUCCCUUGUUGACUACUACCGCCACGAUCAAAAAUACAUUGGCUUCCCCAAUCUCAUGACCUUUUUCUCGGGCGAUGCGUUCAAUCCUAGCCUGGAGAGUUCCGUCACCAAGGGUCGACAUAUGGUUCCUUUCCUAAAUAACAUUGGCACUGACGUGGCAUGUUUGGGUAAUCACGAUCUGGACUUUGGAGUGGCCCAGCUUCGCUACCUGGCAAGCCAGUGUCAUUUCCCAUGGCUCCUAGCCAACGUGCUUGACCCUUCUCUUGGAGACGGUGUACCGAUCGCUAAUUGUGGGACAACGUGCAUGCUGACCUCGUCAAAUGGAAUCAAAGUUGGUGUGAUUGGCCUUGGCGAAAGAGAAUGGCUAGGGACGAUCAACUCUCUACCCCCAAACCUAAUAUACAAGUCUGCGACUCAAACAGCUAAAGAGUUAGCACCACAACUCCGUGAACAGGGGGCAGAGAUCAUAGUUAUUGUUUCCCAUCAGCGUGAGCCAAACGAUAACAAACUAGCCACCAAUCUACCCACGGGGUUGGUCGAUAUCAUUCUUGGGGGACAUGAUCAUUAUUACUCACAUGCCGUGAUCAAUGGGACUCAUGUACUGCGUUCGGGUACAGACUUUAAACAACUUAGCUACAUUGAAGCUUUCCGAAAGCCCAAUGGUGCUCCAGGCUGGGACUUUAAUAUCACGAGGCGAGACAUCGUGCGGUCUAUUCCCGAGGCCCCGGAGGCACUUGUCAUGGUUGAUAGCUUAAAUUCUACACUCAAAUGGAAGCUGGAAAAACCGGUAGGAUAUACAGUCACCCCAUUGGACGCUCGGUUCUCUACAGUGCGGCAGCAUGAAUCAAAUCUUGGCAAUUUUGUUUGUGACUUGAUGCGUUCCUAUCACGCAGCCGACUGUGCAAUGAUGGCAGGUGGUACUAUCCGUGGUGACCAAAUAUACCCCCCGGGUGUAAUCCGUUUAAAGGAUUUGCUUAACUGCUUUCCUUUUGAAGAUCCUGUGGUCCUUCUGCGAGUUCGGGGCCAGGCCUUAAUCGAUGCUCUCGAGAAUGGGGUCAGCACACUUCCUGCACUUGAAGGGCGCUUCACUCAAGUGUCCAACAUCUGCUUUGGAUUCAAGCUCUCUGGCCCACCGGGGUCGCGUGUUACGUAUGCACGAAUCGGAGGACAGCCCAUUGACCCGGAUCGGCAUUAUACUCUGGCAACGAGAGGAUAUAUGGCUCGUGGAAAAGAUGGGUUUUCAUCCUUGCUAGUGCAAUCUGAGAACGGGGAAGCUGAGGAGUUGGUGUGUGAAGAAGAGGGGGUCCUGAUUAGCACCAUUCUCCGUCAGUAUUUUCUGAGUUUGAAAGUUCUCAACAAAUGGACGCGUUGGAGUGCGAGCCUGAAUCAACAUUGGAAAUCUGUUCAUCGAGAACUCCAUAGGGAAGGCUGGCUGAAACCUCCUUCUGCCGCCGCCUCGCCAGUCUCGGAGAAGGCGCCCAGUCAUCGCUGGGAACGCCGACCAGUCCUGUCAAGAACGGGGCGAGAGGCCUAUUACUACGGACGUUUCCCGGAGGAAGUGGAGCAGCACAGUGUUGCCAGUGCGGGGAGUAGGGCCAGUAGUGAUGCCAUGGACUCUGAUUCAGAUGAAGAUCCCGAUAUUCUUCCCUCGCCAGUGACCAACUAUGUGACACUUCGAGCCUCGUCCUCGGCUGAUGAAGAACGUCGUCUGAGAUUAGCUCGGUGGGUGAUUGGUCGGUGGACGCGUCGCGCUGGCGUGCACUCACUGCUAAGUGAAGAUGACGCGGAUGCACCGGCCUGGACAUCGGGCAUUUCACCAAAGAUCGAAGGUCGGAUUAUAGAAUAUCCAUGA